AUGAGCAAAAACGAACCUGUUAGCAAGGAGGACGUGGUUGUGUCUUCAGAUGAUGAAUCUGCCCUUUUUGACACUUCGGACUUCAAUCAGACCUAUAUCCGCAAAUCGAUGUUGAUCACAUCAGCCAUCGACGAAAUGGGGUUCGGUCGCUAUCAAUUGGGGUUGUUUUUCGUGGCCGGAUUUGGGUGGUUUGCGGACAACGCAUGGCCCACCGCAACAUCUUACAUUUUGCAACGUCUCGUGGAGAAGGAUAAGGUUCAUUACCCGGUAGGAAGAGCACCUUACUUGACCCUUGCACAGAAUUUGGGAUUGUUAGCUGGGGCGCUGUUUUGGUCACUUUCAGCAGAUAUCGUUGGCAGACGGUGGGCAUUUAACUUAACAUUCUUGUUCACAGGCAUCUUUUCGCUUGCCGCAGGAGGAAGCCCUACGUUUGUUGCAAUUGGAGUCUUUUGUGCUCUCUGGAGUUUCGGAGUCGGUGGAAAUUUGCCUGUGGACUCGGCAAUUUUCUUGGAAUCCCUUCCAACAAACUCCAAAUGGCUCUUGACUGUAAUGUCUGUAUGGUGGAGUUUGGGCCAGGUAGUCACGGCACUAAUCUCAUGGGCAUUGAUCACUAAUUACUCCUGUUCGGACACUGCAAGUGAGUGUUUAUCAAAGGAUAAUAAAGGAUGGAGAUACUUUUUGUUCACUUUGGGAGGGUUGACGUUGUUGAUGUUCUCAGCUAGAUUCUUAUUCCCGCUUUACGAAAGCCCCACAUUCUACUUGGCCCGAGGAAAUGACGAAAAGGCACUUGAGACCUUGAACCACAUUUCUCGAAUCAACAAGAAACCCCAUAGCUUGACAAUAGAGGAAUUGAGAGCAAUUGAUGAUCUCAACCUCGACAAUGAGCACCCAGAAGCCUCAGGAGGCAACCAGCUCUUACAGUCCAGACUCAAAAGGUAUAAUUUGUCACACAUUCGUCAAUGUUUUGGAUCUCGUCGUUUAGCUAUCUCUCUGAUUUUGGUGAUAUCGUCGUGGGCAUUAAUAGGAUUGGCAUUUCCUCUUUAUAAUGCCUUUUUACCAUCAUACUUGGAGCAGAGGGGUUCGGCCAACAAGGCUCUCAGUGUCUCUACAACAUACCGAAACACGUUGAUCGUGGCCGUUUUAGGUGUUCCUGGAUCAAUAAUCGCUGGUGUCCUUGUGGAGCUUCGUAUCGGCAGAAAGGGAACCCUCUUUGUUUCUCUUCUUAUGACAGGAAUUGUCCUUUUUGGUUCAACCACCGCCAAAACUUCCAACUCGUACCUUGCCUGGAAUUGCUUCUUCAAUUUCUUCUCAACUAUUAUGUACGGAGUGCUUUAUGCGUACACGCCAGAAGUAUUCCCUACGAAGAUCCGAGGAACAGCUGUUGGUCUCGCAGCUUCUGCUAACAGAGUGCUAGGAGUGUUUGCACCCAUUAUUGCCAUUUUUGCUGAUUUGACCACUUCAGCACCUAUUUUUGUUUCAGGAGCUCUUUUCCUUGUUUCGGCAGUUUUAGUUGUGUUUUACCCGUACGAACCCAGAAACAAGUCGAGCUUGUGA